AAACAUUUCAAGGUUUGAAUAAUAUCACUGAGACUGAGAUACUAGUAUCAGUGUUCAGUGGAAUGCGACGGAAGCUAGAAGUAAUGGAAAUUACCAUUAUUGCGUUGUUUCUUUUGGCUAUUGAACAUGGAACCAAUGCGUUAACUGGAACCCGUUGGAGUUAUAGAGACAAUAACGGACCGGAAAAAUGGCCGGAACUAUUUCCUAACAUGUGUGCAGGAUUGUACCAAUCUCCAAUCGACAUCCCACCCAUCGAUACGGUGUAUAACCAACAGUUAACAAAUUUCGUCUUCUACGACCAACUAGCACGGGGAGCAAAAUUUAUAGCUGAUAAUAAUGGAAAAUCAAUCGAAGUGGAUACACAAGGACAGUUUCUUCUCGCAUAUGGCGGUCUCCAAUACACAUACAGAAUUAGCCAGUUUCAUUUCCAUUGGGGAGGUUCCAAUGACAAAGGAUCAGAACAUACCAUUAAUGAGGAAGCUACCCCGAUGGAGAUGCACAUUGUAACCUGGAACGUAGAUAAGUACAGUAGUAUUGCAGAGGCAGCUAUGGAGCAAGACGGGCUAGCAGUUUUAGGAAUACUUUUCAGUGUUUCACAUUAUGAUAACCCACUACUAGAGCCACUUGUGAAGGUCAUGCCAUACAUUAAGGACCCGGAAUGGAACAACAGUGUAGAAAUCCCCGUUGUGUCACCAAGUGCAUUUUUGCCGAAUAGUCCAGAAAAAUACUACAGAUACCAUGGAUCACUGACCACCCCACGAUGUUACGAGAGUGUAACCUGGACCGUGUUUAAAGAAAGACAAACAAUAUCAGAAAAACAGUUGAACGUGUUCCGUCAGGUACUGAUGUCUCGUGCGACUAUGGAAGUACCAGGAUCUCAUUCACUGCAAUCAACCGGUAGAAUCUUUGGUGAAGAACGGGAACCCUUAGUGAAUAACUUUAGACCAGUACAGCCUUUAAACGGAAGAGUAGUCAAAAGAAGUUACCAGAUUUUACACGCAGAGUAAAUCGACACACGGAAUUUCUUUCAAAAUAUUUACUCAAGAAUUUGCAGCAUUUCAUCAGUCGCUUUGUUUUUCAUUUUUCUUAUGACAGUCAAUCAGUAUGCAUGAAAGUGAGUGUUUUUCACCGAAAUAAUUUAGUUUUGUUAUCUUUUUUUCUAAUUGCGUCCAUUAUAAUAAUAAAUAAAGGUUAAAAUUCA